GCUCAUCACAACACCAAACAUUCUCUUUUUCUCAAACCACAUAAUGGAGUUAAAGCAACCCAUGAUCAAAGAGAUGGAGCCACAGCAUGGCCAAAAAGGCUUCCUUGUCAAGGGUACUACGAAAAUUGGUGGCCAUGAUUUUGAGGAUACGAAUUGUCGAUUGGAUUCGCUUAGAAUGCUAGAGACGGGCUUGCCUAAUGGCUCUCCGGAGAAGAAACUGGCAUGGUUGAGGUCACAAGUGAUCGGAAGCGAUUUGGAGUUUGAGACGCCGUUUGGGAAACGCCGCCUCACUUAUGCCGACUAUACGGCCUCUGGCCGGAGCCUUCUCUAUAUUGAGAACUACAUCAUUGCCAAUGUUCUCCCGGUUUAUGGAAAUACACAUACAAGUGACAGUUAUGUGGGGCACCAAACCACAAAAAUGGUGCAUGAAGCUAGUAAGUAUGUGAAAAGCUGCCUUGGUGGGAAAGAAGAAGAUGCCCUCCUCUUUGUUGGAUCUGGUACAACUGCAGCCAUCAAACGCCUCCAAGAGGUCAUGGGAAUUUCAGUUCCAUCCAUCAUGAGAGACAAAAUAUUAGCAUCAAUGGAGGCCGAGACCAAGGACGAGGAUGAAAAGAUCACUAAGCUUAGGAAUAAGAUCAGGAGUAGGGUUAAUGAAGAAAGAUGGGUAGUUUUUGUGGGUCCAUAUGAACACCAUUCAAACUUGCUGUCUUGGCGCCAAAGUCUAGCACAAGUUGUUGAGAUUGGUUUGGAUGAAACUGGGUUGAUAGACAUGAAAGCUCUGAAACUACAACUUGAGAAUUACCGACACACCAAUCGCCCUAUGUUGGGUUCUUUCUCGGCUUGUAGUAAUGUCACCGGGAUUUACUCCGACACCCGUGCCCUCGCUACUCUUCUUCAUCGAUAUGGCGCUUUCGCUUGCUUUGAUUUCGCUGCAAGUGGUCCUUAUGUAGAGAUAGAUAUGAGAUCUGGAGAUAUAGAUGGGUAUGAUGCAAUUUUCCUAAGUCCACACAAAUUUGCGGGAGGCCCCUCUACUCCUGGAAUUCUCCUCAUGAGCAAGGUCCUCUAUCAGCUCGGCACCUGUCCCCCUUCAACUUGUGGUGGCGGAACUGUCAGUUUUGUCAAUGGAUUCAAUGAGAAGGUACACAAAAAAGUCAAUUUUACAUAUUUAUACCAUCUAUACUACUAUAUAAAGUCUACACAAAAUUGAAUGAGGACUGUCACGUGUUUUACUUUUCUUAAAAUAUUCCAAACAUAAUA